AUGGAUACCAUGUGCUCGCAGGAGCCCGAGCGCUUCGGGCAGCUCAUGGCCGGCCUGGCUGAGAGGAUGUGCAAGGGAGACUGGAAGCCCUUGGAGUGUCAAGUCUUCGAAGGCCUCGCCAAGUGCACAGAGGCGCUUACAGUGCUUCGCAAGGCCCAGCAAAUCGGCAAAGUGGUCCUGGAGCUGCCGUUGCUUUUGGGCUCCGAUCGCGACCACGGGUGCUAUGUGAUCACCGGGGGCCUGGGGGCACUGGGGCAAAAGGUGUGCCAAGCCUUGCUGGAGGAGGGUGCGCAGGAGAGUUGGUGCUGA